AUGUUGAGACCUUCCGCCCAGACACUUGUGCGAAAUCGUACCCCCUCAUCACGACGCCUCAUAACAACAGCCCUCACCCAUCAAACCCAUACCCUUUCAGACGGUCGCCAACUCGGCUUCGCAGAAUAUGGCAAACCAAAUGGCCAUCCCAUCUUUUAUUUCCAUGGCUUCCCUUCAUCGUGUCUUGAAGCUCAGCCUGUUGAUGACAUAGCUCAACGGGUUGGUGUUCGUCUCAUUGCGCUUGACAGGCCUGGGUUCGGACUCUCCACACCGAACCCUGACUAUCGUAUUGUCGAUUGGCCUAGCGAUGUGAUGGAACUGGCGGAAGCAAAAGGCAUUGUCCGAUUUUCAGUUUGUGGACUUUCGGGUGGUGGUCCCUUUGCUCUGGCUUGUGCGUAUGCUUUACCAAAGAGUAAGCUUGCGAGCGUGGGCUUGUUUGCGAGUGCACCGCAUUGGGAAGCUGGAAUUCAACAUGUCGAUGUAUCACGUCGACUGUUGAGAUUCUUUGCGGUGAAUUAUCCCAAUCUCCUUGGUAGUGCUUUGCAUGCGGCCUAUCGCUCUAUCCGAUGGCUCAUCCUCACACGUCCUGCUAUCAAGAGGAUAGGCAAGUGGCUUGAGACCGAAGACGCUAAGCAUCCUCCCACACAAGAUUCCAAGAAGCCCCAUGCAGAGAGAAUACAAGAUUUGGUAAACAUAUUUCUCGAUGAGCCCUUUCGCCAAGGCGCAGGUGGGACAGUACAUGAAGCAAGGCUGCUGUCCUCUCUUGACUGGGGUUUCAAGCUCGAGGAUGUUGGUUUUGGGAAAGUGCUGAUGUGGCAUGGUGUUGAGGACAUGAAUGCACCCAUUGAGAUGAUACGGUACAUGGCGGAGAAGGUACCAGGGAGUGAGCUUAUGGAAUUUGAAGGGGAAACGCAUUAUACUAUGUGGAAGCAAGUUGAGGCUGCUUUUAAGAGGUUGGUUGAUGAGGCAACUUUGAAGAGGGGAGAUUAG